AGGACAUCCUUGAAUUUUCAUUCAAUAAUCCUACGCUCUGAUCUCUCUCUCUCUCUCUCUCUCUCUCUCUCUCUCUCUCUCUCUCAAGGGUGCCUGAUUAAACAUGGAUAAGGAAGAUGGAAUUGUGGUGAUGAAAAGGGUGGAGAUUGAUACGGCGGCUCCCUUCAGGUCUGUCAAAGAGGCCCUCUCAUUGUUUGGAGACAAAGUUUUAGCUGGGGAGCUCUAUGCCAGCAAGCUCAGACAGGUCAAGGAUGGAGGUAGUGAAAAUGGAUGUUCUGGUCUUUCAAGGCUCGGAAAUGUUACAGCUGAGCUAGAGGAGACAAAACAAAGCCUCCAGAAAGCAAAAGAAGAACGCAUGCUUUUGGCAACUUGCCUCUCCUCUAUGAAGACAGAGCUUGAACGGACAAAGCUUGAACUCCAACAAUUGAAGGAACAUGAAUCCGACAAACAACCCAUGGAAACAGAGUUUGAAGACGUCAAGUUUGUUGAAGACUCUACGAAAUUUGAGGUCAAAAUACAAGACUCUGAUCACAAAGAAGAAGAAGAAAUGGAGUUUCAAAAGAAAAGAUAUGUGACUAAUUUUGCAAAUCCUCCCUCCUUCGAACAAGUUUCAAUCCCACAAGUUGUUGAAAAACUUGAGAGGCACCCUUCUCCCAAGAAGAAGAAGAAGAAGAUCAGCACGCUGAUCCCUCUAAUCGGAGGGAUUUUUUCGAAGAAGAAAGGCAGCCCAGAAGUUGCAUUGCCUCAAGUUCCCUAACUGCAUUUCAAAGUACUCGACAUGGUACAUAUUUUGGGUUCCAAAAAUUAAUAACAAACCGUUUUUUUUUUUUUUGUCGACUUUUCUUUUAAUUUCCUCGACUAUUCUAGCCAGUAAAAGUUGGCCCGGAAUGGAAGGAAAUUGCAACUUUGUAAGUAUAUAAUAUGUUCAUAUCUAAUAAGGGAGUUAAGUAUCCUACUUAUAAAGCA